UUCUUGUGCUUUGGAGUUUCAGUGAUAAAUUAUUUCUUUUUUGCUUUGAUUCUAUUUCCAUUCACUUGCUUUCUGUUCAGGCCUGCUGAUUUUGCUUACCAGAUUUGUUCGUAGAGUUUACUACGCCGCAAGUGUAAUCAUCUUCUCGGGGAACAAGAUGUGAGUUAUGCGAAGUUCCGUAAUCCGCCUCUUAACCUUUUCCACAUUUUUACCAGUUUAGAGAAGCAAAAAUCAUGAAUGAAGAUGCGUGAUGUAUUGGCUCGCUUUUGUCGUUAAUUGAGGGCAAAAAAUAGUCAGUGUUUGCCGCAGAAUCAAACCGGAGAGAUUAUCAGUUUGGUCCUCUAUAUCAAUUCGGUUGGAUUCCGUCGUGUUACUGGUGAAGAGCCGAGUUGUUUUGUGUUGAAGCUAUGGAUAUUGUAGCUGCACGGAGCCUACAAAUCUCAACAUUCGUGACUUUCGAGAGACUUGAGGGAAAACAUGGUGAGUCUCUGAAACUGUCUCCACGUUUUAGGGAGAAGAGGCUUCAGGUUUUUGGCUCAGCUAAUUGGCAGUCUGGAAAGCCUUCAGCGACUCGGUGCAUGAGGACCCCUUUGAAGGUUGCUCGCUCGUGCAACAAUUCUCCAGGUGGUGACAAUUUAUUUCCAACGUCAUUUUUUGUAGCUUCUACAUUGGAAACUGGAGGUUUGCAGGGUUCUGUUAUUGAUGAAGAAUUGACCCUAAAGAGUAACUCACAGGAGAUCGAGCAGCAUCUAAAUGGACGAUGUAUAUACCUUGUCGGAAUGAUGGGCUCCGGGAAAACAACUGUGGGGAAAAUUCUGUCCCAAGUACUUGACUAUGACUUUUAUGACUGUGACGAACUUGUGGAGGACGAAGUUGGAGGAACUUCUGUAGCUGAUAUAUUCAAACACUAUGGAGAAGGUUUCUUUCGUGAAAGAGAGACGGGGGUAUUGCGGAAGCUGUCAGUGAUGGAAAGAUGUGUUAUUGCCACUGGUGGCGGAGCAGUUACAAGGCCAAUCAAUUGGAAAUAUAUGCACAAGGGAAUUAGUAUUUGGUUGGAUGUACCUGUAAAGGCAUUGGCUCAGAGAAUUACUGCCGUGGGAACUGAGUCUCGCCCACUUUUACAUAAUGAAGCGGGAGAUGCAUACACACAGACUUUGAGGCGUUUGUCUUCUCUUUUAGAAGAAAGAUUUGAAGCAUAUGCUAACGCCAAUGCCAGGGUCUCCUUAGAAAAUAUGGCAGCAAAACUGGACCACAGAGAUGUGUUGGAUCUGUCUCCAACUACUAUCGCACUUGAGGCACUAAAGCAAAUUAUGGCAUUCCUGAAGAGUGAAGAUGGCUAUUAUGCAGGAUGCUAAUUUUUGAGAUAAUGCCUAAAACGCUACAUGUGGAUAAUUGUAACAUAUUGUCGGAUCAAGUCUUCAGAAUAAAGAUCUUCAUAAAAUCUGUUUUAUUUUUA